GGCGUGAAACACUUGUGUUGUUGUGACGGGAGACCCUUCCGUCGUCUCGUAGAAGAGUAGGAACUUGCAAAGUACCUCGUCCUUAUGGCUGCAAUUCAUAAGAUGUGACCCACUAAAUUUCCUAAAUGAGAAGAUAAUAAUAGACACGGCUGGUGUUUCGUUGAAUGUUUGUGCUAUUUGCUGCUAGAUACCUCUUGAAUCUGUUAGAGUUCAACGAUGAAAAUAAACGAAAAGAAUCUGUGUGCUUACAGCAUAUCGCAGACACAAAUAGACAAAGAAGGCUAUUUGCUGAAGAAGGGUGAGGUAAACAAGAGCUUCCAAAGGCGGGGUUUUUUUUUGUUUUUUGUCUUGAAAGGAAACCUACUCUUCUAUUUUGAAAAGAAAGGAGACCGGGAGGCCCCAAUCGGGAGUAUAAGUUUUUGGGAAGGUUGUACCAUAGAAUUGGCUGAAUGUGAGGAUCAGUUCACUUUCAAAUUGCUGUUUUACGGUGGAGGUGGGCGAACUUAUGUUCUAGCGGCUGACUCGCAAGAGUCCUUAGAGUUGUGGAUGAAGGCGCUCUCUCGUGCAUCCCACGACUAUCUGAAGUUGAUGGUGGCAGAAUUGCAGAAACAGCUAGAUGAAUUGACUGAAUCAGAGAGACAGGGAGGUGAUGAAAACGGGAUGUACAGACCAAAAGCUCCCCCUCGCCAACGCCAGAAUCCCUUUAACCGGACACAGAGUUCCAAUGAGGUCACCCUAGACCCAUCAAUGGUGAUGCGAAUGAGGGCAAACACUGUAUCUGGGGUUGGUCAGUAUCUAUCAUCAGCUGUUGCCCCACAGUCCAUUACCUCAACUGCACCAUCUGUGUCGCACAUCUCCAUUCAGAAACGUACUUUUGCUCAGUUGCACUCAGAGUACGGAGUGCCCAUCCUCAGGGAUAAGGAUCUGCAGAAAUUAAAGAAGGGGAAGUGUGACAAUUCUGAAAGAUCUAGUCUUAAUGCUUCGCAGAGUGAAAAUGUUGUUGUUAUGGAUUUGAUUGAUAUAUAAUAUGGAGGCCUCUCUCUAUGUUUGGUGAAUGUCUGAAUUUGCUUUCUUGCUUCUUACUAAACCAAAGAUGUCUCUGUAAAAUAUUUCACUAGGGUUAUGAGUGAAAUUGUAUGUGCUUGAUAUUAUUUUAGAAUCUGCUUCAUUUCUUAUUUUUAGAGCUAAUUUAAGGAACUAUAUAUGAAUAGUAUUUUUAUUUGUACUAUAUACUAUUAAAUUGUCCACCUGA